AGUGGCACUACAAGUUGGCAUAAGCUCUUCAGUUCAGAGGCAACAAACUCUGCGCUGAAAUUUACAUUAACAGCGAUGAGAAUUAUCGUGAUAUGGUUGCUGCUGCUACUUCCUUACUACUUCCCGGGUUACCCCAUUUCAUCAUGUAUGGGAAACCAGAUUGAUAAUCUCAACCGUUUGAUUGCAGCUCGCAGAUCCUCCAACCCUCCUCGCUCUGAGUUGUGGGCUCGCCUAGAUGAUUUAGGAAACAGUCAUGACUCUCCGGUGUUCGAAAGAUCUCAGAAAGGGUUGAUGCAAGCUGACAAGAUCGACACAUUGCCAGGUCAGCCUGGAGGGGUGGAUUUUGAUCAGUACGCGGGCUAUGUAACAGUAGAUCCAGUGCCUGACCGAGCAUUGUUCUAUUAUUUUGUGGAGUCAUCGGUGGAUUCUCUGAAUAAGCCCCUCGUUUUAUGGUUAAACGGAGGUCCAGGAUGCUCGUCUUUUGGAAUUGGAGCCAUGCAAGAGUUGGGACCUUUCAGAGUAAAUAGUGACGGGAAAACGCUAUACAGAAAUGAAUAUGCAUGGAACACUGUUGCAAACGUGUUAUUCCUGGAAUCACCAGCAGGAGUUGGAUUCUCUUAUUCAAAAAAUUCCUCCGACUAUACUGACGUAGGUGACAAGAGAACAGCAGAGGACUCCUAUGUUUUUCUCCUCAACUGGCUUGAAAGAUUUCCACAGUAUAAAACACGAGAUCUCUUUAUAACCGGUGAGAGCUAUGCCGGUCAUUAUGUUCCUCAGCUCGCUUCUUAUAUUCUCUCGAGAAACAAGGGCACAAAUCAAACCGUCAUCAAUCUCAAAGGAAUUGCUAUAGGAAAUGCCUGGAUAGAUGAUGACAUCUGUACGAAGGGGCUAUUUGAUUAUUUAUGGACACACGCUCUUAACUCGGAUGAGACCAAUGAAGGAAUUAAUAAGUACUGCGACUUUGCUAGUGAAAAUCUGGUUACCAACAUCACUGUGGAGCAAUGUGACAAGUAUCAAAAUCAGGGACUAAUGGAAAUGGGAGACAUUGACUUGUACGGCAUUUACGCCCCUAUAUGCAACCGAUCGGCCAUAAAACCUGACUCAAAUGGUAAUGUCUUGAAUUUUGAUCCCUGCGCUGGCGUUCACGUUGAGUCCUACCUAAAUCUUGCCGAGGUACAAGCAGCUCUUCAUGCCAAAGCUACAAAAUGGUCAGGAUGCGGUGAUGUUGGAUGGACAGACAGCCCAAGUUCUACUCUUCCUCAAAUACGGGAGUUGGCAAAAGUGAUUAGUGUGUGGAUAUACAGUGGCGAUACAGAUGGUCGAGUUCCAGUGACCUCCUCUCGGUAUGCCAUCAAGUCCCUACAGCUUCCAGUAGAGACUGCUUGGCAGCCAUGGUACUCUGACAGUGAGGUUGGAGGAUAUGUCGUUGGCUACAAGGGAGUGGUUUUCACCACAGUUCGGGGAGCUGGACACACGGUUCCAAGCUACAAGCCAGCAAGAGUACUUACCAUGAUCACAUCUUUCCUUCAGGGGAAACUGCCUCCAGGUCAUCCGUCGUCUUAAAAAGAACCCUUACGGAGAAGGACUAUCUAUAAAAUGGACGCUAAAUAAAUUGAACCACUCCUCUGCAGAUGGAGUUUAUUUAAAAAAAGUUACAGAAAUGUAUGGACAAGUAUUGUUAUGUUUUCAUCUUAGCAACUAUCUAAUAAAGAUAAAAUCUUUACAGUGCA